AUGACGACGCGCGCGGGGGCGGACGACGACGCCGCCGCGUCGUCGUCGUCGUCGUGGACCGGCGGCGACACCGCGUCGCUCGCGACCUGGCUCAAAACCCACGGCGUCGACGCGGACCGCUACGGAAAGAACAACGCGAAAGGCCUCGCCGACUUGAAGCUCGAGGUUGACCUCGGCGAGAGCACGCUGGAGGUCGGACCCGGGGGCGUCCCGCGACGGAACGUCCGCGUGCUUCGGCUGCUGAUACGCGACGACGCGGGGAGGACGCUCGUGGAGGCGACGCAGCGAUGGAACGAUCCGAACACCGGGGAAGUCAUCGCGGAGCGGAUGCGCGGAUCGCCGCUGAGGCGCGUCCAUUAUCUAUCACGGCGGUUCCCGCGCUACCGCGUCCGCGCGUCCUUAAGGAUCGGCGUUCACAACGCGAACGCGGUCGUAUGGGGACCAGUGUGCUCUGACGCCUUUGAAACUCAUCAUCCCGACAGCGAGAAACUGAUCGGCGCGGAGGACUGGAGAGCCGCGGCGCCGCGCGCGGUCGCGGAGGAGCUCGGCAGCGCGCUCGCACCGGGGUACACGCUCGCCGUGGACGAGGCGUCGCUCGUGCGCGCGGACGUCGAUCGCGUGAGCUUGAGUUACCCGGACUUGAGCAGUCGCUACGCGAUGUUUUCCGUCGCAGCGAGGAUCGAGAACGGCCUGCCGGAGGCGCGUUCUAUUAUGUACCACACCGGUCCCCGUACGACCGCGUCCGCGUUGUGA